CUCGCGUGACAGCCAGGCAGAAGGUUUCUCCCGGAACUCUGCAGCCGCAGCGGCUCCGAUCAUUUCAACACCGGGGUUCGGUCCAGUAUGGCGGCUUACGGAUGGAAAUACUGAUGACAGUCCGAAAGAUCGCCUCGAUUUGUACGAUGGGCGCCAAUGCCUCUGCCUUGGAGAAGGAGAUUGGACCGGAACAGUUUCCCGUAAAUGAGCACUACUUUGGAUUGGUCAAUUUUGGCAACACCUGCUACUGUAACUCAGUGCUGCAGGCUCUGUAUUUCUGCCGACCGUUCAGGGAGAAGGUGCUGGCGUACAAGGUGCAGCCCCGUCGAAAGGAGUCCCUGCUCACCUGUCUGGCCGACCUGUUCAACAGCAUCGCCACUCAGAAGAAGAAAGUCGGAGUCAUCCCACCCAAGAAAUUCAUCUCACGGCUGAGAAAAGAAAAUGAGCUAUUUGACAACUACAUGCAACAGGAUGCCCACGAAUUCCUCAACUACCUCCUCAACACUAUUGCAGACCUCCUCCAGGAGGAGAAGAGCCAGGAGCGACAGCAGAACGGAAAACUGGUGCAGAACGGAGGUGGAGGAGGAGGCGGAGGAGGGGGAGGAGGAGGAGGAGGAGGAGGGAGUGGAGGAACGGGAGGAACGGGAACAGGAGGAGGAGGAGGAGGAGGAGAGGGAGGUGAAGGGGAGGGAGGAAAGGAGACGCAGCAGACUUGGGUCCAUGAGAUCUUCCAGGGCACGCUGACCAACGAGACUCGCUGCCUUAACUGUGAAGCCGUGAGCAGUAAAGACGAGGACUUCCUGGAUCUGUCGGUGGACGUGGAGCAGAACACCUCCAUCACACACUGCCUCAGGGGCUUCAGUAACACAGAGACCUUAUGUAGUGAAUACAAGUACUACUGCGAGCAGUGUCGCAGCAAACAGGAAGCCCAGAAAAGGAUGAGGGUAAAGAAGCUCCCCAUGAUCCUCGCCCUCCACCUGAAGCGCUUUAAGUACAUGGACCAGCUGCACCGCUACACCAAACUGUCCUAUCGCGUCGUCUUCCCCCUGGAGCUCCGCCUCUUCAACACGUCCGGGGACGCCACCAACCCCGACCGCAUGUACGACCUGGUGGCUGUGGUCGUACACUGUGGCAGUGGUCCUAACCGCGGUCACUACAUCACCAUAGUCAAGAGUCACGGCUUCUGGCUGCUGUUUGACGACGACAUCGUAGAGAAAAUUGACGCACAGGCGAUCGAGGAGUUCUACGGUCUGACAUCGGACAUUUCCAAGAACUCUGAGUCAGGAUACAUCCUGUUCUACCAGUCCAGAGACUGAAACCCACCAACGGGAGAGCCCGGACGGACUGUUGCUCAGCAGAGGGGGGGGGGGGGGCUCGAGGCUGCCACAGGCUCCGCCCACGUCGCCCAUAUAAGUAUCCAGGCUUUAUUUCCCGUAGGCGGAGCUUUGCACUGGAUUUCGGAUCGAUCGGAGCGUGUGCAGGAAGCGUGCCAGCCUCCUGGGUCGCGACGGUUCAGUCGUCCGAGCUCGCGACAAGCAACAAGCACCUUUUCCCGCUCAGAAACAAGACGACUGAAUGAGUAACACUCGGCGAGCAGCUGGGAAGACUGAACGGCGUCAACCCGCGAGGCUGACAUGCUGAACGCACAUCGGUCCACUUUGGAGGUAAAAGCAGUCUGGGACUAUCGAGGCGACGCCGAGGAAACCGAUCAACCAUUUCAAACAAGACCCUUGACUGACCGUCGCAGAGGAAGCACAGCCACGGAGGACCGUAACCCUCCUCAGCGUGGUAACCACCAACAUCAUCAUCAUCACCACAGUCUUCUUUAGCCUAUUUUGUGUGCAUAUUAUACCAUGCUAAAUUAGCUUUCCACAGUGACCAUACGAGGGUUUCUUCAGCUUUAUGCUAACACCCCAAGCUAGAACCACAACACCACCACUGGAGCUACAGCUGGCAACCAGAUGGCUCAGAUUUGCUACUGGUGGGGGUGAACGCAGGGUUUGUAUCGGACAGUGGGUUUGCCAUGAAGUGGUGCUCGCAACUUUACAGUGUUAUUGGGGAAAAUGGGACACCAGUCACCAGUCAGCCGGUGAAUCUUCUCUGACAUCUUUGUCUGCUUUACCGACAGGGCUGGGCGAUGCAUCAGGAUUAUUUAGUCGUCUUUCAGUGGAAACACCAUGACAAUACGGCGAUUUUUGGGAUAUUGUCACAAUUCUGCCAUCUGAACUGAUGAGUAAAAGCUUUAUAUAAAAACAAAAGAGUGGGUUUUGUUUGAUAUUCCACUUAAAACUGCCAUUCAGUUCAUUGGCACUGACGUUAAUUUGAUUAUUUAACAUGAUUUUACACAUUAGAGAUACGAGAGGAUUAACCUCUAACCUGCACGGAUUCAGGUGGGUAAGGUUCAACAAAACAAAGCUAUAAGUAUUUGCAGACAGGUUGCAGGCUGAAAAUAUUAGAAUAUUAACAAUGUAAAGUACCAUACGCAAGAAUAUUCUUGGCUAAAUUAACUCAUUUUCCGCCGUACUUUAUUCCUCCCAGCUUUACGCGGCAUUACGGAAACACCAAGGCGGGUUUGAGGUUUAUUAAAAUGACCACCGUGUCAGGCAGGUAUUCAUGUCUUGCAUAUCUGAUUUAUAUUGUGAUAUAUAGGAUAUAAAAAAAUCUCUUGAAUGUUGUGAUACUGACUUUAACCAUAUCGCCCAGCCCUAUUUACAAGCGACUUUGACAGCAACCCGAUUCUGUCUGGUAGAAACAGUGAAAGUCGCUGGUACAUUUUGCGGUCGGCAGACAAAAAAAAAAAAAAAAAAAAAAAAAAAAAGUUAGUGCCCAGGUUUCUGGUGUUUCGUGCCAGUUCUGGUGUCCCUGUCGUGUUUGGUGCCACAGCGGAGACACUGAAAGAUGAACGGUCAAUUACUGACCAACAUUAAACAGCAUAACCUAACAUUUUGUCAGCAGGCAUUCUGUGGUUUGGACGGUGAAGCACGGUCCCUGUGCAGUUUGAUUUUUGACUUCUUUUUUGAAAAAUUUUAAUCUUAUUAAUGCCACAAUCUGCACAUUUGUACCAUCUUUUAAAGGGACACGCUCACUUUUCCUUUCCUCGUCAAUUCCGGCGACCCGAACCGUCACACUACCUAUGUAUGUUAGUUAUGUACGUUAAUGUUUUGUGUACCUCGUCCAUGCGUUCCUCACAUGUUUUUGAUCCAAGUGUUAACGUCAAAAAAGCCAAACUUUAACCCCUUUAUUCGUCUCGCUGCACUUGUUUCAGCGGGGGAAUCCAGCCGCCUGUCACAUGCUGGCAGAUUUGAACUGUGGCUGGUGAGUUUGUCCGCUCCAUCAGCCACUUUGUCAGGAAGCCAGCCCACCUUUUUCUAUUUAAAAAAAAAAAAGGAAAAAGAAACGACUGGCAGGUAAAAUAAUGAGAGCGGUUGAUUUCCAGCCCUGCUUCACGGGCUGAUUUUCUCGCGGGCGUUAAACACGUUUCAGUGCAGAAUCUCCGUCAAAAUGCGGCCCUGGUAAUGCUGAGUAACGCUAAUGUGGAGCGCGGCCAUCGUCUAUAGACUACAUGGUAUUUUUUUUUAAUGCAGUAUAACAAGACUGUCCCCACCUGUGGUUCCCCAGUGUGUUUGGCUCACUCGCUUCAAAUGGCUUCCUCGCCUCAACAGCUGAAUUUAGCGCCGUAGAGAAGGACAAACGCUGAUUUUGAGGGCAGCGACAACAUUGUAAUUAAUGUUGUCACUCGUCCUGAUUAAUGAGACAUUAAAGGAUGUGCCACUCAAAGAAAUAAUGUCGUAUUAGACAUUAUCAUGUCAGCACUGCGGCCAGUGACUGUACAAACAGUUCACUUAAUGUCUGACAAAUUUAGCAACCCACCCCGCUGCUGCCUGGCGCUGUCUUCUUAUUUUUCACCGUUUUGAGCCACCAGCCGGAAAAAACGGUUCAUAUUUUACUUUUUAGUGGCAGUCAGGACAGCUGGGAGGUUUUUCCUUGACUUUGAAACUUCCCACUUGGCGUCACAAAGCGAGAUGGUUUAUCAGCACAAGCAGCGAACACGGCAAAUUCAUCCAUGUUGCUUUCCUCUGCCGCUCGAGGUCUUUCAGAAGAAGAAAGUAAGAAAGUUGAGCAUUAAAGACUUAAUGAUAACGAUAAAGAUCGCCACGACGACGGACGUUACGAUCGCCGUCUCGGCUGCAGCGGAGAUGAACAUGUGAACGUGCCAUCUCAACCCCCCACAACACUGAAUAUAUUUUUAUUUUUGGGUGACAUAUCCUUUAUACAGAGCAAACAGAAGGAGGCAAACAAAUAAAUACUGUUGCACUCUUUCGUUAAACUGUUGUGUUCUUCCGAGAAAAUGUUAUUAUUGUGGGGGGAAAAAAAGUAUAUUUUGUGCUGAAAUGUCAAAGUAACUUCCGACACAGGCUAGUUGGCAUUUCUAACUAAGUUAACAAAAGUAAGUUGCUCAAUGUAACUUGUGACUGAAGCAUCACAUUGGAUAAUUAGCCAAUAACUACUUCUGUACAGAAAAAUUCAACUGGCUCCAGUGUUUUCACUAAAUGACUCGGCAUGACAGAAAGACCCGGAAGUGGCUUGAACUCGGACCUUUUCAGCUUCCCCAAAUUUUUCGGAAAAACACAAAAGUCUUACGGACAAAAUUCAAAAGUUGCAAAUGAAGAAUGUCUUUUUUUUUUUUCCUGAGAGACUGCAGAUACAGAUACUUCUUUCUUCCUGUUUUUCCUCCUUCGUUUUUAAAUCUCCCACAUCUCCCUUUACCGUCCUUGUCUCUAUAACGUCGGUGUAAUCAGGUGUGAAUCGUGGAAGCCAUUUUGAAGAGUCAAGGUGCGUCCCGACAUCGCUCACCUCGCCGAGCCUGAUGGUAGACAGCAACCUCUGUUCACCUCCGUUGUUUUCUUUUAACGCACAAAGAAACCAAAUGUAGGUUUUUUGGUUUAGUGUUUUGUUGUUCUUGUGUUUUUUUUGUUUUUUUUUAAAGUAUGUUCUACACUGCCAGCGAGGUAACUUCACUCCUGGGUGUGCUCACUCAGCCACAUGGCGUAGCCCGAGUGGGUGGAGUUCUGCCGCUGUGGGUUACGGUGAUAAUCGACAGGUCGAAGGCUCCACCCACCAGGGCUGUUGCGGUUCAGGAGCGAGCGCACCCUCGUUAUCACUCCUUGGCCUCCCUCCGGCCUCCCAGGUGUUUAUAUUCUGCAGGCGCCGAGGUCAAUUAUUACCUGAAUGUAAGUCAGUCUGCUAUUGAAAUGUACAGUAAAAUGAUAAAAAUAAAAAUAAAACAAUAGGGCUGCUACUUGACCUGAAACACACCAGAACAGACUCAUGGAUGCGGGCGAGUUUCAGAUCCCCAAAAGUGUCUCCCUCUCUCGCUCCAGAGUCAAAUUCAGCGAUUUAGAAAUCACUUUUGAUCAAAAUUUGCUCGUCACAAAAACGGCAAAAAAUUUUCUGUUCUGGCUCCAUGUGGAAGAUAAAAAAAAAAAGAGAGAGAACAGAAAAUUAAAAGUGAAAAUGGUCAUUUUUUUUCCCUUCAUUUUCAGGUUUCUCAAUCUCAUUUUUCAUUUUCAAAUUGCCAUUUUAUGAAGUAUCAGUAUCAAUCAUCACUAUUUUUGUAUUUCCUUUAUCUCUUUAUCAUUUGGCUAUAACCUGAUUGUCCUGUUUGUACAGUGAGAAAAAUAAUUGACCAUUUUCACUUUCAUUUUCCAUCUUCUCUUUUGAAUUAAAUCACCCCCCACAGUUCUGAAUUGUGGCUUCUGAUUUUAAAAAUUUGUCCGACGAUGUGGAGCAGCAGGAGAGUGAGCCGCUUUUGACGAAUGUGUUUUAUUGAAACUCGCCCCGUCCGCUCGGCUGAGGCUCCAAAGUCAACACUAGCUCGGUUAGUUUGUGCCCGUGCUGCUCGCGCCAGGUUUCAAACUCGUCCAAGUAACAUGAAGGGAACACGUUGUUUCUUGGUGUCGAUCGUUUUAUUGUCCUUUCAAGUUAUGUAAGUUCUGGAAGUCGGGAAAAUUCAUUUUGUGUUGGCAAAUGAGAUGAAAUGAACUGAAAUGAGAUGCAGGUUGUUUCCAGGCUCCAGUGGAAUCUGCAGACUCGGAUGUACAAACUGUGUGCGAUAAUGUCAAGAGAUUAAUAUUUGUACGCUUUUUAAGAAAACUGAAAUUUACACCAUUUACAAAUUAACAAAACAAGCAAAAAGCACAUUACCUGGCGAAAAAAAAAAGAAAGAAAAGUCUGCCGAUUCAGUUUGGGCCUGGUGUGUGUAUGUUUUUGUUUUUGUUUUGUUUUUUGUUUUUUAAUAAUUUGCAGUUUCAUUUGGUUUCAUUAUCUGUCGACAGCACGGAAGUGACAUCAGUCCCUGAAACUGUAAAUGUGUUAACCGGUCCAAAUUGUGGCAAAGCUUUGGAAUCCCAUGUUGAAGCAAGGCUCUUUUUUUUUUUAUUUAAAUACAAUUUAAUAUUAUUAUUAUUAUUAUUAUUAUUAUGAAUGUUCAUGUUAACUUCUUUUUCUUAGAUGUUUAACAUUUUUUUGAUAUAUUUUACUAAUAUUUCUAGUCUACCAUUCUCGUGUAGGCAGCUUCCAAUGUCUGGGGAUUUAUUUUGUUUUAAUUUGGGGGUAUGACAUGAGAGAUGUUGAUGUGUACAUAAAUACAGAUAUUAUUGGAAUAUAAAUAUUUGCUUGCUUGACAUAAUCAGCCGGCCUAGAUCAAAAAAUGCUAGUGGAAAUGAUGACUCAAGUACUUUAUUCUGGUAGCAAAAAAAAACAAACAAACAAAAAAAAAAAACAACCAAGCCCCACCUAUCUGGCAUUCCAGGCUAUCUAAACCAAACACCCCAGAAAGUCAAUAUGCAACCGGGUAUUUUAGCGACACACUUCCUCUCAAUAAAAACAGACAAA